GGCAGGACGCGCCCCGGGCCGGCGGCAGCCACUGCCAGCCCCUUCGUUGCCAUGGGCCCCCCACCAGUAAGCCCAGGCUGGAAUUUGGAGUUUGACCUUCGAGGAGCCUCUCUCAGCAGGCGGGGCUGGAGGGAAGGCCACCGCUGUCCUUUCAAACUCUGGCUGCGAGGGAAAAGGAGCCAGAAGGUUCGCCCUCCUCACGGCCAGCUCUGUCUCCCUCCGCCUCAGACGCCGCCGUCGGGACCCAGGGCAGGUGGGCCCUGCAUCCAGAGUCAGGGUUGCAAGAAUUCAUUCAGGACCAUGGAGAGCAGCGCCAGCAGCCCUCCACCCACACAGCCAGAUCCCCUGGAGGCAUUUCCCCGGAGGACGCUGGAAGCAGGGGACAUCGCAGUGCUGAUUCUGUAUUUCCUCUUUGUCCUGGCUGUCGGACUAUGGUCCACAGUGAAGACCAAAAGAGACACAGUCAAAGGCUACUUUCUAGCUGGAGGGAACAUGCUGUGGUGGCCAGUGGGUGCAUCCUUGUUUGCCAGCAAUGUUGGAAGUGGACAUUUCGUUGGCCUGGCAGGGUCAGGUGCCGCUGCGGGUCUUUCCGUAACCGCUUACGAGCUUAAUGGCUUAUUCUUCGUGCUGAUGUUGUCCUGGAUCUUCCUUCCGAUCUACAUCACUGGUCAGGUCACCACGAUGCCAGAAUACCUGCGGAAACGGUUUGGUGGCAACAGGAUUCCCAUCAUCCUGGCUGUGCUCUACCUGUUUAUCUACAUCUUCACCAAGAUCUCGGUUGACAUGUACGCAGGCGCCAUCUUCAUUCAGCAGUCUUUACAUGUGAAUCUCUACUUGGCCGUAGUCGGGUUGCUGGCCGUCACAGCUCUAUACACCAUUGCAGGUGGCCUGGCAGCUGUCAUCUACACGGACGCUCUGCAGACUCUGAUCAUGCUUAUAGGAGCGCUCAUCUUGAUGGGCUACAGUUUCGCUGCAGUUGGUGGGCUGGAAGGCCUGGAGGAGAAAUAUUUCUUGGCCAUGGCUAGUAACCGGAGUGGGAACAGCAGCUGCGGGCUGCCCCGGGAAGAUGCUUUCCAUAUUUUCCGAGACCCAGUGACGUCUGAUCUCCCGUGGCCCGGGAUCCUAUUUGGAAUGUCCAUCCCGUCGCUCUGGUAUUGGUGCACGGAUCAGGUACAGGGCAGCAGGCUGAGCCAGCCGCCCCCAGAAUGCUUCCUUCCCUGGGGUGUCUGGAAGCUGGGUUUUUGUCCUUCCCCAUCUGUUCUCUUAUCUCUCUACUAGUCUACACCUUAUCUUCUUACUCUUGCUCAUAUGGCAAAUCUGAAGCUGCUGCUUUUUGCAAAGGGAAAACUUGAUACAUCCUGCUGAAUGUCUGGAAAGAUCCAGUAAGCAAAAGUGGUGAUAUAUUUUAAAUGGAGGUUUUAACUGACACUGGUAUUACCUGCUCCGCAAAUCCUGGGUGUCUUCUCUGUACCAGCUGCUUAGAAAUCACAAGUAAACAAGGACACUCGGUCCUUAUAGAGCUCACUUUCUUCUGAUGGAAGUAGACAGGCAGUAAAUAAGUAAAUGGAACAUUACAAGGUGAUAACUGUCAUUAAAAAAUAAAAAAGGAGGUUGAGAAUGUGAGAGUGAUGUUCAAAAUAGGGUGGUCAGGGGAAUCAUGGUUGAGAAGUGACCUUUGGGCAAAGGAGGACAGCAAGUUCUGGUGAUUGUCAGGGAAGAGAUUCGGGGCAGAGGGACCCACCAAAGCCGAUCCCUUAAAGCAAAUAUAUAACUGCUGUAAAAAAAAAAAAAAAAAAGAAAUUAGAAAGGCAAAAAACACUGCUAUGGGUAAAAUAAGCCUUUUGUGUUAAAAGGUGAGGUGGGGAUAGACUCCGUAAUUUGCAUUUGCUUGUGUUUGCUGAAGAGCUUCCCAGGUGGCGCUAGUGGUAA